AUGUCGGAUCGGCAGCCGUCCGAGGAGCCGGAGGAGCAGGUGGACCUGGAGGGAGACGACGACGUCAUGGACGACGAGGAAGGUUACCGCCGCCGCCGCCACGGUGGCGAGGACUCUGAUGAGCCGGAGGAGGAGCCCGAGGAGCCUCAAAUCGAGGUCGAGGGCGAUGGCGAUGGAGAUGGCCGGGAGGAGGACGCCGGUAUGGUGGUUGCCAGUGAUGAACCUGCCGUAGGAAGUGGUGACGAGAUGGAGAAGGGUGAUGGGCCUGAGGACGAAGAAGAGAAAAUGAAGUGGGAGGAGCUCCUCGCACUACCCCCGCAGGGCUCGGAGGUAUUCGUCGGGGGCCUCCCCCGAGACACCACCGAGGAGGACCUCCGCGAGCUAUGCGAGCCAUUGGGCGAAAUCUUUGAGGUGAGGUUGAUGAAGGAUAAGGAAACAAAGGAAAACAAAGGAUUUGCCUUUGUCACAUUUACUGCCAAGGAUGUGGCGCAGCGUGCUAUCGAAGAACUGCAUGACAAGGACCACAAGGGGAGAACACUGCGAUGCUCAUUGUCCCAGGCCAAGCACAGGUUAUUUGUUGGCAAUGUACCCAAAGGGUUGAGUGAGGACGAGCUGACGAGCAUAAUCAAAGGGAAGGGGCCAGGGGUCGUGAAUAUUGAGAUGUUCAAGGAUUUGCAUGACCCAAGCCGUAACCGCGGGUUCCUCUUCGUUGAGUACUAUAACCAUGCUUGCGCAGACUAUGCCAGGCAGAAAUUGUCAUCACCAGACUUUAAGGUUGAUGGAAGCCAGUUGACUGUUAGCUGGGCUGAACCUAAGGGCUCAUCAUCGUCAUCAUCAGAUUCUUCUUCAUCUGCUGCUCAGGUGAAGACUAUAUAUGUGAAGAACCUGCCGGAGAAUGUUUCUAAAGAGAAAGUUAAGGAUCUCUUUGAAGUUCAUGGAGAGGUUACAAAAAUUGUUUUACCGCCUGCUAAGGCCGGGCAUAAGAGGGAUUUUGGGUUUGUUCACUUCGCUGAAAGAUCAAGUGCACUGAAGGCAGUUAAAGGAAGUGAAAAAUACGAAAUUGAUGGGCAAGUGCUCGAAGUUUCCAUGGCCAAACCUUUGAGUGAUAAGAAACCUGACCACUCGUUCAAGCCUGGAGGAGCUCCUAGCUAUCCUCUUCCACCUUAUGGUGGCUACAUGGGAGACCCAUAUGGUGCCUAUGGUGGUGGCCCUGGAUUCAACCAGGUAAGACAUCACAAGUUAAUAACUCAUGUAGAGUACCGUGCUAUGUAUUUCUUUGGCUUUACCCACAUCCUUUUUUCGCAGCCUAUGAUCUAUGGUAGAGGACCAGCACCAGCUGGAAUGAGGAUGGUACCGAUGGUGCUCCCUGACGGUCGCCUUGGCUAUGUUCUGCAACAACCUGGUGGAAUGCCGCCUCCACCCCCUCCUCGACGUGGUGACCGGCGAGAUGGCGGUGGCCGAGGCGGCGAGGGAAGCCACCGGCGUUAUCGGCCCUACUAG